AGUCGUGUUGUGCGUCUCAUAGUGUUAACAAGUGACAUUAAAAAUGGUUCUGGACACUGAAGACUGGGCAGAUGAGCUCCCCCCAGAACAAAUUGCCGUCCUACGCAAAGCCUUCGAUGGCUUCGACCACAACCGCUCGGGCAGUAUCCCCUGCGAUUUUGUCGCAGACAUACUUAGAAUGAUGGGGCAACCCUUCAAUAAGAAGAUCCUAGAAGAACUCAUCGAAGAAGUCGACGCCGACAAGUCUGGACGCCUUGAGUUCGGCGAGUUCGUUACCCUUGCCGCCAAAUUCAUCGUUGAAGAGGACGCCGAGGCUAUGCAGAAAGAACUCAGGGAAGCAUUUAGAUUAUAUGACAAGGAAGGCAACGGUUACAUUCCCACAUCUAGUUUGCGCGAAAUUCUGCGUGAGUUAGACGAACAGCUCACAGAUGAGGAGUUGGACGGCCUCAUUCAGGAGAUCGACACAGACGGCAGCGGCACCGUAGACUUUGACGGUAUUAUACUUAACCUUUCCCAUUUUUAUUAAGUAUUUAUAUACCUAACCUAACCUAACCAUACCAAGAUAUUAACCUAUUGGACUCAUAGCUUCUAAUUUAUCUAAGAUUUAUUGAUUCAAAAAUAGGACCUAUAAAAAUCAUCAUGUGUGUGGCUUCAAUCUCAAUCUCAUUCAGAAUUAAUUAAUUUCAUAUAAACUUUAUAUAUCAUAAUAAAGUAAAAAGAGUUAAGGUCAAGCACGCUUACACGAGAAGGCUCCGAUCCAGCGAUUCACAUGCUAUUCAAACUUGAGCAUUAAAUCUAAAUAGUUAUAUAUAUAUUGUUUUAGUCAAAUUUUAAUUAGGUGCUCGAUGGCGUGGUCGCUCGGUCUGUCGAUUGUUAAGAAUUUUCGCAAUGCCUGGUCAUAGCAAAGGUGACCAAAAAUGUAUUAUCUCUAGCGUCUGCAGUCUAACGGCAUUGCGCUCUUGAGAUGGGUCAUGGCCCAUUCAUCCUGUUCGAUUCGAUUUCAUCUUAAUAAAGUUCCACAAAAUGUAGUUCACCUACCCAUAAAUAAAUUUAAAAUUCAUGUAAAGAACAUACUUAUGAGUAAAGGCUAUUAUAAAGUUGAUGAUUAUUUUAAGGAUCGCAAUGCAUGGAAUUAAUAGCCUUCGCUUUGUUCUAUAAAGACUAAUUAUAUGUUCAACCUAUGUCCUACAGACUUAGAAAGUUGUAUUUAUUAUUGUGAUAAUACAUAUUAUUUUGGUAAUGACAUGAUUUAUGUAAAUGUCAUUACUUAUGAUAAAAAGCUGGUAAGUUUCUUUCGCUUGUUUUUCUUGUCAGCUAAAAGACGUCCUGAACGAGUGGUAGGGGAAAAAAAAAAUAUUUGGACGAUUCAAAAGUGCUUGUAAUAGCCUACUUGAAUAAAGAUAUUUUCAUUUCAUUUCAUCUACAAGGAAGAACUGCCAAGAACAUUUUGUUUAUUCCAAUAUCAAUAACACAGAAUAUACAUUCAAGUUCCCCAUAUUUUUAUUGCCAAACUGCGAAAUAUUCAAUAUACAGACUUAAAAAAUAUAAUAUUUCAUUAAUGUCUUUACUUUGAAGUUUUUGUAGCGAGCUAAUAUCGUUAAUUAUAUUAACCGAAAGUUUAUGUCUGCAUUUGUCUAUCCUAUGUCAUAACUAUUUUUUUUGUUACAGAGUUCAUGGAGAUGAUGACGGGAGAAUAAGCAACUAAUUCUAUUCUUUUCUAUACUUUUAUGAUUUAAUUUAAGGAAUAUCUAUAUUUCGGUACUUCAACCUUUCGAAUCGUGGGAAUAUUGGCAAGAUAUUUUAACGUCAAAUUGAAAGGAACAAUCCAAAUAUAUCGACAAUAAUAAAGUUAUUAUUGUAACUAUUGUACAAAUUAAUAUUUGUUCAUUUGAUGUGUGUGAUUGAGUAAUGUUUAUACCUACUUAUUAAUAAAUCUUUUAUUCUACUA